UCAUGCUGCUGCCAAGUCCAGAGUCUCUCAUGGGUCCCUGUACGGCCUCCCAUUGCUGCUGUCUCCAUCGCCACACUCUGCAUGUGCCACUUUCAGGUCUCCUCACACUGCUGGUGUGUUCCAUUUUUUUGUCAUAGGGUGCUGGCAGAUUACGGGCCUCCCAUAGCUGCUGCCAGGCCCCUAAUCUGCCAUGGCCCCCUAUACCGCCUCCUCAUGCUGCUGCCAGGUCCAGAGUGUGUCAUGGGUCCCUGUACGGCCUCCCAUUGCUGCUGUCUCUAUCGCCACACUCUGCCAUGUGCCACUUUCAGGUCUCCUCACACUGCUGGUGGUUUCCAUUUUUGUCAUAGGGUGCUGUAUGGCCUCCCAUUGCUGCUGCCUCCAAGGCCACACUGUGGCUCCACACUCUGGUUUUGGCCCCGUGACUGCCCAAAUGAGUGAAGUGUGCGGUGAUUCUAAGAUCGACGGCACUCAUCUGCAUGUCAUACUG